GUUGCUCUUUGGCCCAAGCAGACAGACAGAAAAGGAGUGCUUCUUGAAAUCUCCCUAAAACCCUCUCAGUUCGCCAUUGAAGACAUUCAAAACCCAUUCACUGUAUUCUUGUCUGCGAAUUAAUGGCCACUACUCUUCUCCUGUGGUCCCCCUCCGGUUCUCCACCACCUGAUGACCAAACCAACGACCAAGAUCAAGAGAACCAGCCCGACCAAGGCAGAUCUAGAGGGAGAAAGUCCAAGAUCAACGCCUCUGGUUCUUCCCAGAAGAAGGUGCCUCAGCGGGGGUUAGGCGUGGCUCAGCUCGAGCGGCUCAGGCUUCAGGAGCAAAGGAGAAAGCAAGCGGACUCCGAGCAAGCCUCGCCGUUCCCCGCUUUUCCUGGUAACGUUUCUUUCAUUGAGCGUCAUAACGCCGUUAAUUUCCCAAAUAGGCUGGCUCCCAUGAGUUGCGGUGGCUUGACGGAGCGUCACAUGGCGUUAACCGACGUAGUUCAGAGGUACAGGCUGCGAAACGGCAUGAGGCCCGGGGUGACGGAGCCGUUUGGGAGUGAGAGGGUCCCCGUUAACGAUAUGAGGUUCCAUAACCCCACUCCGUUUAGGAGCGAGAGUAUCAGGUUGAAAGAGCUCUCUUCAAACCAAAGUCCUGUGUGCUGGUCUGAUCAGUGUGAAUACUGCCUCAAGAGGAAGCGGGAGUUUUAUGGGAUAAAUAUGGGUGCGGCGUCAAAAGAAGGAUGCGAUUUUCUUGGGCUGGCUCUCUGGAACGCCAAAAACGUUGAGGGUGAGGCCGCAAGAGAUAUAAUGCAUGUCCACACUGGAAUGGCCAUUCAUGAGGGAGGGGAGACUGUUACGUUGCAAAGGAGCAGGGGAAGAGAGUUAAUGGAGUAUGACUUUUUGGGUGGUGAUGCUCCAUUAAGAGGAGGAGAUGGCAGCAGCUCAUAUGAACCGCCUUACCCUGAACCCUCUUCCUCCUUCCUCGACUUGUCUCUCAAGCUAUCCACUUGACUCUCUCUCUCUAGACCUCUCUUUGACAGAAUGUAUGAGAGAAUUUUUGAACUCUCUCUCUCUCUCUCUCUCUCUCUCUCUUUAUAUGCAACCAAUCCUUCAAAUCUGCUGGUUUGUUGGUACUCUCUCUCACUCUGCAACCCAUCUUACAAAUCUGCUGGUUUGAAAGGUACUUUUAUCUUUCGUUUUUAUUUAGUUCCAAUGAGACAUCUGAAUGUUAAGGAAAAAGAAAUUGCUGAUCCAAUGAGAUGACCACCUUCUGAUUCGCUGAA